AUGGAAAAACUCCUUAAAGCCAGGAGCAAGCCGAAGCCUGCAUCUUCGAAAGCUCUGAGCCACUUCAAGAAGUUCAAAAUUACCCGUGAUUUUAUUAAAAAACUAAAGAAACGAAGGGAUAAAACAAAGAAGGAUGAGAAGCGAAAUCAUAAUAUCUUGCCUGAUUCUGAACAUCAUAUUAAAAGGAUGAUAAAUGAGGCAAUGAUAGCUAUAAACAUCCCUCAUGCCCAAGAAAUGAUCGGUAGAAAGGAAAUAAUCCAAAUAGCAUCCGUAAUGGGUGUUGAUAUCUCAAGGCUCCAAGCAACCGAGAUCAUCCUUAGAGCUAGAGGUCCCAGACUAGAAGAAAAUCGUAGUUGAAAUCUUGAUGAAAUUGUCUCAUGGUUUAAAGAAAAUUUAAAGCUUCUUCGCCCAAAAUAAAAAGAUUAUUCACAAAAGUAUCCAUCUUGAGUCAUCUAGAGCAGACACUCUCGCAGAUUCUCGGCAAAAGUUUUCUGUGUAUUCAUCAAAUUCUCAACGAAGAAGACGUGAAAACUUCUCUACAGAACCAAGGAUUCAUCGAAGGAUUAAUAGUUUCUUUGAUACUAAGUCAACUAUGCCGAACAAGCUCAGAAAAAUGGGAAUAAAUAACAUCCACAAAAAUCAAAAUUUCAAGAAGAUUUCCAAUGAACAUUUGUUAAAUAUUACCGAAGUGCCCUCACAAAAGAAGAAGACCAAUAGUUUCCUUUCAAGUAUCGAGGAGAAGAUGCUAAAGACCCAGAUCCAACAAAGUGAGGCUGCUGCUAGAAGAUCUCGUAUCUAUCUCUCGGAAACCAGAAGGAAAUAACAUCAAGGAGUACAAAUAACAAACUAAAAAACAUGAUAAACGAAACAGCUCGUACAAGUGCAAACUCUGCUUUAAGGCUGAGUAAGCUCCUAGCGAGACCGUAUUUUGAAAAAGUAAGAGUAUUUAGCCUAAACUCUUCCUUAAACUCCAAUACUAAUUUCAGAAUUAAAAGUAAAAAUAGUGGAGUUCGAGGAUCCAACGCUCCAUGCUAAAUAAAGAGGCUUAAAACCCUCUAUGACUUCCAGAAAGUCCAAAUAAGAAGUUUUGAAAAUUCUACCUAAAAUU